GAGAGGACGGUGCUCCAUCAGCCAAGUGCAGGCUGAGUCGUGAGGAGCGAACGGUGGGGGGAGAAUUCCCACUCUUGUUUCAUUUUCUCGUCCCCGUCAUGAAGAUGUUGAUGGUGCAGACCUGCCGCCCGAUGCAGAGAAGCAUGAGACCAGAGUCCUUUGGACUGGGAGGGGGGGGUUCCUGGAUGUGUUUCCGCGCGUGCGUUCGACCGCAUUCAACCUGAGUUUGUUACCUCUGGAGAGAAAAGUGCGACAGCCUUCUUACUAACUGCUUGAGCGUCUCUAUUUGUUGGGGGAGGGGGGGGCUAAAAGGCUCCGGGAAGGACUGCGCCGCAUCCUAACGGGACGUAACGCACAGAGGAUUACGUGUGAGCAGCGGAUGGACCCUCCCCGGACGGGGACAGCCUCCAAGUGUAUAAGGCCGUCACCUCUACAUCAUGGAAACCCUCGUCCGGGAUUUGCUUGUCUACCUUCCGACAAGCAGAGUUUAGAGAGGACAUCUUUGCCAUUCUCUGGUCCAUUGCUGUGGCUAUUGUAAGGACCUGUGUGAGGAAUAUUGUGAGGAAUAGCUAUUGGAUUUGCCUUCAACCGAGCUGUAGGUUAUUAAUGGCUGCUAUAUUCCCAGUGGAUGGUUUACACUGUCUGGAUUUUAGACGGGAUCAUUAGCAACCACAACCUCCCCCACCCUGGGGACUUUCCCUUCCUGAUGCCUGCAGAGGUUGUAGCUUAGUGUGAUUGUGUGUUUGCAUCUGCAUGGUGUAAUUGAGGAAUAGAAAAUAUGAGAACGCAGCAAACUAUUUUAAAACAAGGAGUCUCAACUAUGUCCCAGUGGAGGCACCCUUCAAUAACUGGUCGUCGGCUGCUCCCGCCUGCCAAGAGUACGAGCAAGAUGAUGGGACACGUAAAGCUUGAAGGUUCCCUGAGCAGCGGCCGCUGGCUGUCCUCUCUAAUGUGGCUGAUGCUGCUGCUGCUGCAGGCUUCUCCAACCUCUGUGUGGGCUCAGAAACUUGACGAGAACGACCCGGUGGUCACCACCGUCUACGGCAAACUACGUGGCGUCAAGAAGGAGCUCAAUAACGAGAUCCUGGGUCCUGUAGUGCAGUUCCUGGGCGUCCCGUACGCUGCCCCGCCGACCGGCGAGCGGCGUUUUCAGCCCCCCGAGCCACCGGCGGCGUGGCCGGAAAUCCGCAACGCCACACACUUUGCCCCGGUGUGCCCUCAGAGCAUCGUGGAGGGCCGCCUGCCGGACGUGAUGCUGCCGGUGUGGUUCACCAACAGCAUGGAUGUGGUGUCCACAUACGUCCAGGACCAGAGCGAGGACUGCCUCUACGUCAACAUCUAUGUCCCCACUGAGGAUGUCAAAAGAAUAUCCAAGGAAUGUGCCAGGAAACCGGGCAAGAAAAUAUGUAGACAAGGAGGUCCCCUUACAAAGAAACACACUGAUGAUUUAGGUGAUAGUGACCGCACGGAAGACGAAGACAUUAGGGAGAGUGGAAGCCCCAAGCCAGUGAUGGUUUUCAUACACGGGGGCUCCUACAUGGAAGGAACUGGGAAUAUGUUUGAUGGCAGCAUCCUGGCCAGCUAUGGAAAUGUGAUUGUCAUAACUGUCAACUACCGGCUGGGCAUCCUAGGGUUCCUGAGCACAGGGGACCAGGCUGCCAAAGGGAACUACGGCUUACUGGACCUGAUCCAGGCUCUGCGUUGGACCAGUGAGAACAUCGCUGCCUUCGGCGGCGACCCUUUGCGUAUCACCGUGUUUGGCUCCGGCGCCGGGGCUUCCUGCGUCAACCUGCUCACGCUGUCCCACUACUCCGAAGGCAACCGGUGGAGCAACUCAACCAAGGGGUUGUUCCAGAGGGCCAUCGCUCAGAGCGGGACCGCUCUCUCCAGCUGGGCUGUCAGUUUCCAGCCAGCCAAAUACGCCCGGAUCCUGGCCCGUAAGGUGGGCUGUAACCUGGAGGACACGGUGGAGUUAGUUGGGUGCCUUCAGAGGAAACAUUACAAGGAGCUCGUAGAACAAGACAUCCAGCCAGCCCGCUACCACAUUGCCUUUGGACCUGUUAUUGAUGGAGAUGUUAUACCUGAUGACCCCCAGAUACUCAUGGAGCAAGGUGAGUUCCUCAACUACGAUAUCAUGAUGGGAGUUAAUCAGGGCGAAGGCCUUAAAUUUGUGGAGCUUAUUGUGGACAAUGAAAACGGCGUUCAGGCAAACGACUUUGACUACGCCGUGUCCAGCUUUGUGGAUGACCUGUACGGCUACCCAGAGGGAAAAGACAUUCUCCGGGAGACCAUCAAGUUCAUGUACACAGACUGGGCCGACCGGCACAACCCAGAGACGCGACGGAAAACACUGCUGGCCCUGUUCACUGAUCACCAGUGGGUAGCGCCGGCUGUAGCCACAGCAGACCUGCACUCCAGCUUCGGCUCCCCGACCUACUUCUAUGCCUUUUACCACCACUGUCAGACGGAGCAGGUCCCACAGUGGGCGGACGCAGCACAUGGAGAUGAGAUCCCGUAUGUGUUCGGGCUGCCCAUGAUUGGUCCAACAGAGCUGUUUCCCUGCAACUUCUCCAAGAACGACGUGAUGCUCAGCGCUGUGGUCAUGACUUACUGGACAAACUUUGCCAAAACGGGGGAUCCAAACCAGCCUGUUCCACAAGACACAAAGUUCAUCCACACCAAGCCCAAUCGCUUUGAGGAGGUGGCAUGGACACGCUACAACCAGAAGGACCAACUUUACUUACACAUUGGCCUGAAACCCCGGGUCAAAGAGCACUACCGUGCCAACAAGGUCAACUUAUGGUUGGAGCUGGUUCCUCAUCUGCAUAGCCUCAACGACGUCACUCAGCUAAUACCCACCACAACAAAGAUCCCUCCACCUGAAGCCACCAACCGCACCCCGAAGACCAAGGUUCUGGUAACCAAACGCCCCAACCCGACCCCGUUCCCCACGGAGACCCAGGACAGCCACAUCCAGCCCCAUCUGGUGGACCAGCGUGACUACUCCACUGAACUGUCGGUGACCAUCGCUGUUGGAGCUUCCCUGCUUUUCCUCAACAUUCUGGCCUUUGCUGCCCUUUACUACAAGAAAGACAAGCGCCGGCAUGACGUCCACAGGCGCUGCAGCCCCCAGCGGAGUGCCACCAAUGACCUGGCUCACACUCAGGAAGAGGAGAUCAUGUCCCUGCAGAUGAAGCAACACUCGGGCCUGGACUGCAGGGGGGUGGGUGACUCUCUGCAUCCGCACGAUAUGGUGCUGAGGACUGCCUGUCCGCCGGACUACACUCUGGCCAUGAGGCGCUCACCGGACGACAUCCCGCUCAUGACGCCAAACACCAUAACCAUGAUCCCCAGCACCAUGGGGGGGCUCACCUCCAUCCACUCUUUCAACACCUUCCCCAGCAGCGGGCAAAAUAACACCCUAACCCAUCCGCACCCACAUUCCACUACCCGGGUAUAGCCUCGUGGAUGCACCCUAGCAGGCAGGACUCACUGCGGCCAACCAAGUGACAACCAGCGAUGUGUCAGCCUGGAGUGACACUGGGAUUGUUCACCCUGUUAAUACCUGAGGGAAUAUAGUUGAGGGAUUUCUUUUGAGGUUUGGACCAGAAGGAAAAAAAGAAUAACCAUCAUGUUUUUGUAGAAAAAUAAAGACAGGAAUAAAAAAGUACAAACAAGGAGAAAAACAACUUCAAUAGCUAAAACCGCGAAGGAUCUUGUUUAUUAUUAUUUUGUUUCUAAUAUUUCAGCCAAACAGGUACGGUAAACUGCUUUUUUUCUAGCGACAGAAAUGGCCUUGGAGGCUUUUGACAAACGACUGCCUGACAGUGCUAUCUGGAAGCAGAACCAAGCAUCAAACCUGCCUCGGAGUUAAGAAGAGCGGAGCACUUUGUAAAAGAAAGAAAACAUAUUGUUUUCUUUGGGCAUCGACGAGCAGAUUCCUCUGUUUGUGUGGCACGGAGUAGAUAAGGUGCAAACCCAUUUAGGUAUGUGAUCAAUUCUUAAAUGGAGACUAUGUAAGAUACAGCAGAAACAAUUGUUGAAUAGAACAAAAGAAGGAUGGAAACGUCAAUGGAAAAAAGGAAACCUGUAUGCACAAUGGAACCAUUAAGAGGAAAAAAAUGUGAGAUGUUUCAUCCAUUUAUUUUUGAGGAUCGGGAACAAUGUUAUUGUAUAGAAGCUAUUUACAUAUCUAGAACGGUACACCAAACACCAGGCUGUUCAGACCUCUUCUCUUAGGGUGUGGGUGUGGGGCAUCUAUACUGCAAACCUGAACCAGUGGGAAUCGGCUGAUCCACCUUCUGGCUCUUGCAGUUUCAACUUCAACACAAAAAGCUGGGCGACAAAGGAUAAUGGAUAUUUUAGCACGAUCCGCAUGACAAUUUAACUGCUUCAUGGCUGCCCUGCUUAUUACAUCAUUAUUAAGAAUCCUUUUUCCCCUCUACUUUGCAUUGGAACAAUUUUAAAUCAAUUCCCUAAUUGGAUUACGGGAAAACACACCUUUGCAGGACCACAGGAAACGCAGUCCCAGGUUGCGGAUGUUGUGGCUGGAGCUGGAAACCGAAAGGGGAGGUACUGGGAAUGUGCUCCAACUUUCUUGCAUAACAUAAUAUAGCUGGAGUGGAGCUGGGCAUAUGCAGACUAGUGUUGUACUCUGUGUUGGUACUACUUUUUGAUGAUGGUAAAUUACAUCACGCUGCAUUAAUCAAAUUUAUCACACCUUCAGUUGAGAUCAAAGUUAUCUGCUAUUCUACCACUAUUUUACCACUCUGCCAUAUAGGAACAAUUACCUGCACUGUUAGUUCCAUUGCACUCAUUCUUUUUUUCUUCAUCUGGAAGGAGUGUUGAUUGAGUGACACACUGUACUUAUUGAAAUGAAAGCAAUAUGGUAAAGGUAGUAGAAGAAAUUAUUUUGCUAUAUUAUAGCUUUUAUUUUGCUUCAUCCAGCCAGGUUCUGUAGAGCAAUUUAAACAUAAACGCCAUUACAGAACUUCUACAAGUCAAAGGCCAAGCACAGACAGAUCAUGUUGGGUGGAAUUCUCUGGAUAGCACAACAGGUAGAGAAAUGGAUGCAUUCAAACGGGAUACUUUCUAUCUAGUUUUUUAUCAAUAGCCAAGGUUUAUGAUUUUUAGAUGCACAUUGUCUUAUAGUAAGAAAGAAAAAAGGUUUUCUUUAGCAGCUGAGAAAUCUGUUGUCCCUCUUUACCCAACUUGAGAUAGCUACUACCUUUCUUCUUUUGGUCACAAUCUCUAUUUAAAGUCCUCUCUACUUUCUCAUCUUUCCACUGAGCGGACAGGGCUCUUUAGCCAAUAGUCAUUUACCUUUGCAUCCAGAGCGCCUUAAGUCUGCCGCGGCCAGCAUCGUGCGGUCAGUGAGGCUUCGGUGCAACAGCAAAGCAGUUGAAAUCCAGUUGUUGUUGUUAGUCAUUAGAGUCGUUGCAGUAAAUUAGGGAUAUAUGCCCUAGAUGGCAGAGCCAUUGUGCUGAGACAAAUACAAAAGUCUGAUUGCUGGCGCAUCAAUGCUACUUGGUAAGCUGAAAGGCUUGUUUUCCUUUCACUAAAGUGUAGAUGUUUGGAGGGCUCUGUUGUGAGAAUAAAUCUGGCCCCUUUUGGCUCCCUUACAGGACUGUGCAGUCAUUCAAAAUAAUGAGCACAGACUACUGUUACCCAAUAUAACACUGCGGCAGACAGGCUGUUAGGGGAAUAAAAUCGAGUCUUUCAUAAGAGUGUUGCUUUUUGGGAUAAGCUUUAUAUUGAGUAAACUAAUUACAUUUGUGAGCUAUAGAUGGAUGAAAUAAACUACCAAGCCUUGAUCUGGGAUUUCAACAAAAGGAGGAUUCCAUUAUCACACAUCAUCCUCGUGGGCCAUUUUUAAUAUCCUUCUCUAUAAAGGAAGCCAACAACAUCAAGAGUGUGUGAAUUCCAGAAUACUGGGACUACCCAUACUGUAGGUCUGUGACAUUGUAUCAACAGGCCAUUGGCUUUUCCAGCAUUUGUGAUCGCCCACAUACAUGUGAAAAUUAAUAUAUGUGUGCAGACACCUGCAAUAUUUCAAGCAUUGCACUGAAAUAACCUGGGGCAAAGCAGUGGGCAUCCAUUGAAUUAAACAUGUUAUUAUGAGUAAACAAUCCUUACUGAGUAGUUAAUAAUUGAGGAUUGAUGGCUGAUACCUGCAAGCCAACUGUAGCGUUAGUGCUGGUCAACAACUGACAUAUUUGAGAUCAAAAAUUGAAAUGUAUUGUGACAACUGCUAACAAGAUUUAACAUGCGUGGUGAAAACAUGGUAACGCUUGUUUUGAGGAUGUAAAACUAGAAAAGAUGACUCAAAAGUUUCAGAGUGUGUGCUUGCAAUGACUUGCAAAUUGCAUCAAACCGCUGUAUCAUGCCUAACUGACAAGAUGUGUGGGAACUGAGGCAAAAAACAUGGAACAUCAAGCAAAAGCAUUGGAUGACCUUCACACCCAUAAAGAGAAACUCAGGCUUACAUAUAGACAUAUAGCUAAUCUACUUUCUCCUAAAAACUUUAAUAAGCUGGCAAGAACAAAGAGCUGGAUUAGAUCUCGAGCUAGCUGUAUAAAUUGAGACAGACUGAAGCCAUAGCUAUCUAAAGAACAACACUCACCCCCUGCCCCCCCACACCUUUAAUGACAGUGAAGCACAUGUAGUGAUACUAGUGGUGCAUUGGAAGACAGUAUAGCUAGCAUGCUAGUUGAUUCAUUCCAUAAAAUCAAUCAAAAUGUAUUCAUGUAGCACCUUUUGCAGGCAGCAGUCAAAGUUCAGAGUUAAAAUAAAAAAGAAGACAUAUUGCAAUUCAAGGGGCCAGCACAUUACAAGUAGCCUUUGACACAAGAGUCAUAGCACAUUGCCCCAUUUAAAAAAGAUAUACCAACCCGUUGCUAGGAUUCUUUUUCACGUCUUAAAAUUUGAUGUUUUGGAUGUCACUGAUUAUUAUCCAUAAACACGUUUUCAUGUCAGCCUUGCACAAACUUAGACACACAUGCCCCAUGGAUAUCGUUAAGGGCAGGGCUGGUUUUCCCAGCAAAAGUAGUUGCGUAAAGUUCGAAAAAACGAAAUGGUUCCUGUUAAAAUAAAAUAUGUAACAAAGUAACCAGAGUGAAUGAAUAAUAGCCGACUUUUUUAUGUAGCCUCGCUCAACAAUAUUACGAAACAAGCGAAAAAGAGCGGUCUCCCGGGUGAAAGUCCUUUCACUCUUUAUUUGAUCUUUCGGCCAGAAAGAACCCAGAAGUGGACUUUCAUGGUUAUUGUAUUCAAUAAAUUGUCCCACUUCAAAGCUAAACAGUCACCCUGUGUACUACGUUGCAUUCGGUGACCAAAUACCAAAAACACAUCCAUCUAUUGUAUCCUUGGUUACACAGAGAAGGGAGCUGACAUAACGAUUCCAAUGUUCCCACUUCAGAAUUUGCUCCUUAGCAGCAAUAUUAGAGCCCAUCUGCUUUGCAUAACAUUGUUAAAAGACCAGGUUAAUGACCUAAUUUGACCUAAAACUCCACAGGAUACCAUUAGUAAUGAGACAUUUUAUUUAGAUUUCACCUUAAAACAUUAGUCCUUCAAGCAAUGGCAUUAAGGUUGUUCAAGGAGGUUGGAAUUAACAGUAAUUUUAACACUUUUUUCACUCCUAGACCUGCGCUCAUACAACAGAUAAAAUCCUUGAUAUGCCCUAAAUUAUUGCCGAUAGGAAAAAAUGGAUCACAAAAAAAGACAUUUUUGAAAAAAAAUCCAGGCAGUAAAUCUGAAACGCAUUAUGAAAUUGAAAUACAAAAGAUGGAAAUGGCUUUAGGAUGCCAUAAGCAAGUGCUUUCCCAGGACUUUAUUCUUGUCACUAGAACAUUAGUUGGAUUGACAUUUACACCGAGCUUGCCGAGAUGUUUCUAGGCAGGUCACAGGAAACUUUAAAGGCUUAAUGUUCCUGUUGCUGAGCGCAACUCAGAACUAUUUAUAGUAAAACAUGGAUAAACAGAUAAUAAAAUCAAAUAUGAAAAGUAGCUAUACUGUUUAUAUGCUGUGGCAAUGAUUUUACCAGAAGUCUUGUCUGAAUUUGCUACACCAUAAAAACAUGCACACAUCUUUUUUAACACUUUUUUCAAAUUUUCUCUGAUAAAUGACUAGAUUCAUGUUUGUUGGACCACGAAAAUUCUAAUGUUUCCUUAAUGCUCGGUGCUCACACUGAACGGGUUCAGCAUGCAUUAGGAGUGUGUAUAAUUGUGUGUUUGGUGUAACACACAACUUUUAGUGUUAUGAGUGCAUUUACAUGGAAAUCCCUGUUAUUGUUCAUUCUUCAGUUCAAACCAUACUUCACUGUCAAUAGCUGAGGGUUGUAACCAUUUUAUCCAUCAGUGUUCAUUUCUUCAAUGUGCCUAAUGCUGUUAUUAUCUUAAUAUUUUGAAUAUGUUAUGAGUCACAUGACAUAAUCGUGACUUCAAUUUGAAAUUCUUGAUUGUGUGUUUGUAAGCACGCUCAUCCAGAAACAGCAGCAGGUGACAGUGUGAGGAUGCCCCAGAGAUCAGAUUGAUAUCCAUCCAGUGUCACCUUCCUUCAGUACUGUUUGUCAAUCAGUCAAAGAGGGGAACCCCAAAACCAAUCCAGGUAGCAUUUCUUCAGUGAUUUCUGUUGAUCCCAGCACCAGUAUGUUUUAACGAGCCAGUCUAGCAGGGUAAGUGAGAACUGAAGACACUAAACCCUGAGCAUGGUGGACAGUCAGCCUGUGGCAUGGUGUACAGGACGGUCACGGAAGGGGAGGAACAAGCACUGCGAAUGAAUGUAAUGCAACGUGCCAUUUUGUAACCUCAAAACGCAGCAGAAACGGCAACAACCAAACCUCAGAUUCAUCCUGAGAAGUUUUUGCUAGCAGUCUGACAACUAAAGGAAGAUUUGUCUUUUGAAUGCCAUUUGGAAACAGGGGGCACCACGUGAACUGGUCUGGCCUUUGUAAUGUAGAUUAUUUGUCACUUGUCUUUCUUUCUGGUUAAAUAGUAAUUACUCUUCUGGAGCACAAUAAAUACAUGAUUUUAAUAUGCGGA